AUGGUUUACAUUGGGAUUCCCAAGAAUUAUACGCAGUCGCCAUCUUCGUUUAUGGCGACCCCGUCUCUGACCAUCAACCACGAGGUGACACAGGAUCUUGAUUCUACCAACGCCUUCGAAGGACCCGAAAAGCUUCUAGAGGUCUGGUUUGCCCCGUCCGCCAAUGAAUUGGGCUCGUCUCAACCUACCGGCCUAAAGGCAGUGCCAGAGGAGGUCUGGAAGGACAUGCUGGAUCUUGUCAAUUGCCAGGUGCUUUCCAUCGUCUCGUCCGAGGACGUUGAUGCGUACCUUCUGUCAGAGUCCAGCAUGUUCGUCUGGCCUCACAAGCUCAUCCUCAAAACAUGCGGCACCACCACUCUGCUCUCUGGAUUGCCCCGCAUUCUUGAGAUUGCUGCUCUGUUCGCCGGUUUCCCCAAGUCCGCGGCUCCUUCCGGUGGGGUUGGCAUUGCCGCUGCCCCGUACCGGGUGUUCUACAGCCGCAAGAACUUCCUGUUCCCGGACCGCCAGCGUGGUCCCCACCGCAGCUGGAGGGACGAAGUGCGAACUAUGGAUAGGCUCUUCUUGAACGGCAGCGCCUACAUGAUUGGCAAAAUGAACGGCGAGCAUUGGUACCUGUAUCUGACCGAACCAAACACCUUGCUCACGCCCCCGGCCAGUCCUAAGGGUGAUGAGGAGGUUACGGAGACCAAGUUCCUCCAGAUCCCGGAAGGUGGUUUGCCGCGGGGAGAUGAUGCCAACGAUGAGACCCUUGAGGUGCUGAUGACCGACUUGGAUGAAGAGAAUGCCAAGCAGUUCUAUCUUGAAAAUGCCACCGCUGUUGCUGAGAAGCGCUACCGCAACUUCGACAAGGACAACAGCGACCAUGUCGAUGUGUUCAGCAACAACUCAGACAUGGAUCUGGAGGACACGGAUGGAACUCGCAUUCUGCCACCGGAACUGACUACGGAGGGUCACGCCUUGGGAACUGUUGUGUCCGAGUCUUGCGGUCUUUCGGAUGUCUAUUCCAAGGAGAUGUUCCCCGAGUCGCGCAUUGACGCCUAUCUGUUCACACCCUGCGGCUUCUCUGCCAACGGCGUCAUCCCGAGUCCGGACCCAAAGGCCAAUACCCACUACUUCACGGUGCAUGUGACGCCCGAGCCUCACUGCUCCUAUGCGUCCUUUGAGACCAACGUGCCGCACUCGCAGAACGGUCAGACCACUGCGGGUAUUGUGAAGCAGGUGGUAAACAUCUUCAAGCCGGGUCGCUUCACUGUGACUCUGUUUGAGAACAAGCCCAGUGAUGCCGAGCUGAGCGGCAUCGGCGAGGCCAAGUAUAUCGAACGGCAGGCGGCCCGUCGGAAGUCUCAAAUGGAGCACAUCGAAGGAUACCGUCGUGUGGAUCGCAUCGUUCACGAUUUGGAUGGUUAUGACCUUGUCUUCCGCUACUAUGAGCGGCUUGACUGGAAAGGGGGGGCUCCUCGACUCGGAGAAGAGCGCAUCUAA